AUGGUCGAUCUGAUGGAAUCUGGCGGAUUCUCGUUGCGAAAGUGGCACUCAAACUCCCGAGACAUCCUGCUCAACGUCCCGGAACAUCUUCGCGAUGAACGAACUCUGCUAGAACUGGACACGUCUGACGCAACCGUCAAGACGCUCGGGCUCGUCUGGGAGCCCAGUACGGACUGUUUCCGUUUCAGAUCGCCAAAGUGGAACGACGUUGCCGUGAUCACGAAGCGUGUCGUGGCCUCAGACAUGGCCAUGAUCUUCGACCCGUACGGGCUGAUCGGUCCUGUCGUCGUCCAAGCGAAAAUCUUCGUGCAGAAGCUGUGGCGCAUGGAACUGGACUGGGACGCCGCUCUGCCAGAAGAUUUGCAGGAGUACUGGCGAGAAUACCGCAGAAAUCUAGCCGGUCUAGACAGCCUGUCGAUACCCCGCUGGAUUGGCACAGGUGCAGAUGACCAGAAUGUGCAGCUUCACGGGUUCUGCGACGCUUCAGUCAACGCUUACGGUGCGUGCAUCUACAUCCGAACCGUUUCGGCCAACGGCGACGUCACCGUCCGCUUGCUGACCUCCAAAUCCCGCAUCGCACCGCUCGAGAACCCGAAGAAGAAGAAGCGUAAGCAGUCGAUUCCCCGCUUGGAGCUGGCGUCCGCUCUGCUGCUGGCGCAUCUGUACGAGAAAGUGGCCAACGCCAUCAACUUCCGAGGAAAAGCGUUCUUCUGGACGGAUUCCAUGAUCGUACGCUGCUGGCUUGCGUCACUGCCGUCCAGAUGGAACCAGUUCGUGGCCAACCGUGUGUCCGAGAUUCAACACCUGACAGAGAGCGGAUCUUGGGACCAUGUGCCCGGAAUAGAGAACCCAGCUGACAUCAUUUCUCGCGGCAUGACACCGAUGCAGCUGCAGUACUCAAAGCUCUGGUUCAACGGUCCUUAUUGGCUGAAUCUCGACCACCAACACUGGCCGCACGCUCAAGUGCCGAACGCAGCAGACUUCGACCACGAAGAACUGGAGGAACACAACGCUGUCGCUGCAGUUGCACGUGACACCGAGCCCUGCAAACUGUUCACAGCGAAUUCGUCGUACACCGUGACAAUACGGACGACCGCUGUAAUCUGCCGCUUCUGUUUCAACAGCCGUGCGAAGCUGGUGCGCCUCGCUCAACGAGAAUGCUUCCCGGAAGAGUACGAUGCUUUGUCCAGAGAUCGCGCGAUUCCAAGCAACUCCUGCAUUGCUGCGCUGAACCCAAGAAUCGUCGAUGGAAUCCUGUGCGUCGGCGGCCGGUUGCAGCACGCCGCAGUCUCGGACAGCCGGAAGCAUCCGUACAUCCUCGACCAUCGUCAUCCGUUCACGAAGCUUAUCGUCGCGUACCCGCAGCGCCGAGCUCGCCCAGUGAAGUGCUUCGUUGCCAUCUUCGUCUGCCUGGUCACCAAAGCUGUUCACCUAGAACUAGCAGCAGACCUAACGACGCAGGCAUUUCUGGCGGCCCUCAAACGGUUCACUGCCCGGCGUGGCAAACCAAAGCUGGUUAUGUGCGACAACGCCAAGAACUUCGUCGGCGCAAGACGUGAGCUGAGCGAACUCGCCAAGCUGUUCCUAAGUCAGCAGUUCGAAGAGGAGAUUAUCCGCGAAACAGCGAUCGACAACAUCGAGUUCAAGUUCAUUCCCGCUCGCUCGCCGAACUUCGGCGGCCUCUGGGAGUCCGCGGUGAAGAGCUUCAAGUUGCUGUUCAAACGUACGAUCGGGCUGCACACCCUGCUGUACGACGAGUUCCAGACUGUGCUGGUCCAGAUCGAAGCGAUCCUCAACUCGCGACCGCUCACGCCGCUCAGCAACGACCCCGCAGACUUCGAAGCGCUGACCCCAGGACACUUCCUGAUCCAACGUCCACUCACUGCGAUUCCUGAGCCAAACCUCGACCACAUUCCCGAGAACAGAUUGCUACGUGGCUCGGCCUGGCAAACUGUCCAGCGGUACACGCAGCAGCUCUGGAAGAAGUGGUCAAAUCUCUACCUGUCGGACCUGCACAACCGCACGAAGUGGACAAAGCAAAAAGACAACGUUGCUGUAGGAACCAUGGUCCUGCUGAAGGACGAGAAUCUCCCGCCGUUGAAGUGGCAGCUCUGCGCGUUUCCGAUAUCCACCCGGGAGCUGACGGCAAUAUCCGUGUCGUCACGGUGCGCACAAAGGACGGCAGCUAUCAGCGUGCGAUCUCUAAGAUCUGCAUUCUGCCGAUCCGUGACAACCUUUCUACUGCGCAAGGGGAGAACUAGGACUCCUCCAACGGCGGAGGUCGGAAGGCCUCCGCACACCAGUUAA